AUGGUGUAUGACAUGGUCUUGGUGGUGGCCGAGGGUGAUGUGAGUGGAGGUGAGGUCGGCGCUGUCACGCUUGUCUCUGGCGAGGCAACUGGAAGCAGUGCAGUGGGCAUUGGCGCGGUGGCCAUGGACAUUGGCAUGGACAUGGACAUUGGCAUUGGCUUUGGCUUUGGUGGGCCAUCACUGGACAUGUCUGGCAAUGUGACGACGACAGUGGUGCAGUCAUGGUUUGGUGGAGACGAAGGUGAUCCGACCACAGUGGACAUGAGUGGCGUUGGCACUGGUGCUCCGCCACAUCCACUCUGUCUGUUCUUGCUCUGUCUGGUCACCUGCUGCAUCUGCAUCAUCAUCAUAGCAUCACCAGUCUGGUGCAUGAACAUGAACAAUCGAUUGUUUGAUUGA